AUGGACUUCUCGCACCCCAUCGAGCUCAUGCGGGAUGUAGUAGGCGCCAUGGAGAAAGCAACACACGACUCCUGUCCCACAUUCGGCACAGAAGAGACAGUCCUCGACAUCCCAAUGCGCGAUGGCCAUCAGAGCCAACUCCGCAUCACAAAGCCACCCAACUCCACAGCAAACCCGGUCGUGGUUCUGAUCUUCGGAGGAGCCUUUGUCAUGGGCACUAACAUCCAAUCCACCAUCUGGGCUCGUGCCAUCGCUUCCCUGUAUGGUGCCACGGUAGUUCAGCCGACCUACCGUGUAGCCCCGGAGCAUAAAUUCCCUACUGCCCCAAAUGACAUCUGGGAUAGUGUGCAAUGGAUCGCCGCAAACGAGCCAGUCCUUGACGCAGACUUGACGAAGGGUUUCGUGUUGGGUGGUGGAUCCGCAGGUGGGAAUCUUUCGAUCGUUACGGCCCAUCGUGCAGCGAAGGAGAAGUUGUCUCCAGCAAUCACAGGCGUCCUCGCUAGUAUCCCGGUGUGUAUGAGUGCGGAGACCGUCCCCAGUCAGUACAAGGAUAUCUGGGUCUCACGAGAGCAGAAUGCAUCUGCGCCUGGGAAUCCUGGUCUCGAUACAAAGUCUGUGGGUGGGUAUGAGGCAUUCUAUCAGCAGAAUUUCUUGUCUGAGGAUUUCUCACCUUUCAACUCGACUGUGUCGUUCUCUGCUCUUCCGCGGACGUAUGUUCAGGUUGCGGGAUUGGAUGUUCUUCGGGAUGAUGGUGUUGUGUACGCGAAGGUCUUGGCUGAUCAUGGUGUUGAUGUGAGGAUUGACGCUUAUCCUGGUGUACCGCAUGGUCAUUUCAAUCUGUGGCCUCGUCUGAAACAGUCAGUGAAGUGUCAGGAGGAUACCAUCUGGCAUGCUGGGUGGCUUUUGGAUCGUCCGGUGCCUAGAAAACGAGUGGAGGAAGUCGUGGCUAUGGUUUUGAAGUGA